AUGUGAGCCUUUCAUUGGGUGAAAAAGAGAAAUCUCUCUGGCAAUACAACAGACCAAACGAUCUCUCAGUGUGCCAUCUUUUCCACAUGAUACUUCCUCUUUGUUUCAUCUCCCUCUCUUCUCCUUAAUUCUGCAGAUUAGUCGAUCUUCAAGUCAAACACCGGCGUUCAUCGCCCUCUGGAAAGGGAUAUAAACGCUGUAUACAUGGUUAUCCUCUAUCAGGGAUUUGUCUUCGAUGAUGUCGCAGAUGGGGGAAUGUGGAAUAAGAAGAAGGCAGCGGAUGAGCGCCAAUCAACCAAAAAUGGAAGCAAGAACAAGGCCACCGAUGGCGGAAACAAGAAGAAUGUCGCUGUGGUGGCGAAGGAGCCUAAGGUUGCUCCAGUCGAGCCAAUGGUGAAAAUAGUCCAAGCAAGUGAUGGCACCCAAACUAAGAGGAGGGCUGAUCAUGACCAUGGGGCUCCUGCAAUUGCCCCAGCACCACCUCGUGGUACGGACUUCCCGUCGGCCAAGCAUAGCGCAACAAGUCAGCCGCUGCCAUCACCACUGCUGCAACAAGCUGUCGUGGCUAAUUUGAUUCGAUGGAGAGAUAAACCAGUGGCUCGGACGGUUCAAUGGACGGAUACAAAUCCAGAUGAUUAUAAGCAGCUUCCCAGUAGUUCUCCUCGGCUUCAGGCUCGUACUAAAGUUAGCAGCCUCCAACCCGUGAAAGGCAGUGGAGGCGACGGCCAUAGCAACAAGAAAUUGCUCGACAAGUUGGACAUCCCGUCGGCCAAGCAUACUGCAACAAGUCAGGAGAUAAAUGCGAGGCUGGAGGAGAAGACCCGAAAGAAGGUCGAAAUCAUCUCUCCCCUACCCAAGAAGGACACCGCCCCCGCCCGCGACAGGAACCCCCCAGCGGACAGGAAACCUAAAGAGCAGGUAGAAGUGGCGAAGAAUGAAGGGGAGAAGAAGGACGCAGCCCCCGCCGCAGAUGCUGGAGCUAAGAAGGACGACGGCAAUGACAUCAUCGUCCUGAAGAUGGACAUGCACUGCGAGGGAUGUGCGAAGAAGUAUAGGCAAGCUAUCCGGAAUUUCAAGGGUGUUGAAGACGUGAAGGCCGACAUCUCCAACCACACACUAACGGUGACCGGCAAGGUGGACCCCGCGAAGAUCAAGGCGAGGCUGGAGGAGAAGACCCGCAAGAAGGUCGACAUCAUCUCUCCCCUACCUAAGAAGGACGCCGCCCCCGCCGGCGACAAGAAGCCCCCGGCGGACGAAAAGAAGGAAGAGGACAAGAAACCUAAACAGACGACGGUUGUCUUGAAGAUCAGAUUACACUGCCAUGGCUGCAUUCAGAAUAUCAGAAAACUCAUCUUAAAGAUCAAAGGGGUAGACUCGGUGAACAUCGAGGCAGCUAAGGAUCUAGUCGCGGUGACGGGGACAAUGGACGUGAAGGAGCUAGCCCCAUCCCUCAAGGAGAAGCUCAAGCGCGGUGUCGAGGUGGUUCCUCCACCGACCAAGAAGGACGGUGGUGGCGCGGACAAGAAGGAGGGUAAAGAUUCUGGUGGCGGAGACAAAAAGGAGGGCAAGGAAGCUGGAGGUGGAGACAAAAAGGACGGUAAAGAAGCCCCCGCCCCUGCCCCUGCUCCUGCCGCGACGGAGAAGGAGGAGGGCGGAGAUGGCAGCAAGACGGACGAUGGAUACGUCGAGCCGCCAGCUUCGGUUUAUGCUCAUGCAGUGCACGAGGGAUACUCGCAUUACCCGCAGUACCCUGUGGACCCAUGGCUACACGCGCCCCAGAUGUUUAGCGACGAGAAUCCGAAUGCCUGCUCUGUCAUGUGAGGUGGACUUGACUCGGAGAGGGGUGUGAUAGGGAGAGAAAUUAUACAAUGGGGGUCCAAAUUGUAAAUAGUGGAAAAUCCGACAUAAUUUUCGUCGAAGUAAAUAUUGAAAUGGACGAAAAGGAAAUGGGUAGCAGUUGGCUGGUUUGACAUUUU